UCCCCUUCGGGCUGCAAGAAUUGCUCCAGGAUCCACUCGCUUUGCGGAUUACCAGCUCGCUCCUACGCCGCCGCCGCCGCCGCCCCGGGUCUCGUUCAAGCAUCCUGAAUCCAUGAAUUGCUUCUGGACCGGCGUUUUGUUCUCCUUGGUGGUGACAGACGUUGCUGCCCUUCAGUGCUACUCCUGUAAAGGGAACAGCGACUGCCGGGAUACGGAGACGUGUAAAGAGCAUCAGCAGAUGUGCAGAACGACUGUCAUGACCAUAAUCAGUCGACCCAAGAUCUCCACCUACUUCCUCAAGGGCUGUGAUGUCAGUGGAAAGCCUAAUAAUUCCAUCUCACACCUUCUGGGCCAUCGGCUGGUGUUUUUGGCAGAAGAACAUUGUGAAACCGAUCUGUGCAACAGUGGAAUACCCAAGGAAGUGCCCAGAGUGCGGGAUAUGAUCCGUAUCCGAGGCCAUAAUGAAAACCUCCUGAAUUGCUACUCUUGUACAGCUGCUGAUAACACUUGUAACAACCCCAGUUUCACACAGAUGCGUUGUUUCUGGCCCCAGGACAGGUGCAUAGAUAUCGCCUCCUUGACGGAUACAGGAGAAUUACCCAAGGAUCAAGAACGUAUCAAAGGCUGCGGCCAGCUUUCCCACUGCCAGGAUGCUCUGGGCUUCCAAAACCACAAGAGUUUCCACAUGGUCAAGUGUUGUAACUCCAGCUUGUGUAACAAUGAUGUGCAAGAUUACAAGCGGGCUCCCUUGCCCUUGAACGGGGUUACAUGCCACAGCUGCGAAGGAAACGCCACUCACGGUUGUGCCCCGGAUAACAUCACAACGGUGCAAUGCCGAGGCCCCAUGGCUAAGUGCCUAGAAGCCUCAGGAAUCCACGGCAUCUCUGGGAACUAUUCCAUCGUCAAAGGUUGUGCAUCCCCUUCUUGGUGCAACAGUCCCUACACUUCCAUCUACAAGAACCUGGGCAGCGUAGAAACCCACUGCUGUACUGGUGAUCUGUGCAACAGCUUGAUCAUCGAUGGAAAGCUAAAACCGUCUCCAAGGAGCCAAGCCAACCACCUCACCUUGGCCCACCAUGCUAUUAUGUCAACGGGUCUCCUGCUUUUUAUCGUUUUUCUCCUUUCUUGAGAAAGCUCCUGACCUCCAAGAGGAAGACGGAUGCUUACUCCAGAUCUGGACCAAGUAGGACUUAGAACUAGGACCUUUUCUACUUCUCCCCAAUAUUUAAUGCAGCUGGGAAUAAACAGGGAAUUCCUGCUGAGAGCCCCUCCUUAUGCAGGAUUGUACACCUCACACCAUUAAAGAGACCACAAGAAUCCCUACAAAACCGGGGGUGAAGAAGAGACCGUUCUCGGGGACCAAAGAGUAGGUUUUCCAAGCACUCAUGAGCCUCUCAAUCUUCUCCCCUCCCUUUUUCAAAACAGUCAUUAGCCAAGCUAUCCAUGCUUCCUUGAGAAUAUUUAUUUUUCUUGACUAUACGCAGGUAGUCCUCCGCUUACGACCACAACUGAGGCCAACGUCUCUGGUGCUAAGCGAGACAUUUGUUAAGUGAGUUUUGCCCCGUUUUACAACUAUUCUCCCUCCGCCUCUGAGCAAUUUUGCCUCGUUGCAGCAAACAGCCUGCUUUACUUUCAUUUUCGUUUUCAGCAGAGCUUGAUUAGCACAAGGGGGAAAAAAAAUCUGCUCCAGCAAUUUUCUUCCUUGCAGCAAGCAGCAGAGCCCUGCGCAAAACAGCUGAGAGCAAAACAGCUGAGAGUCGGGAGGCCGAUCCAAUCAACUUGUGCUAAUUAGGUUGUGCUGAAACUGAAAGGAGCUGUUUUUUAGGGGGGGGAAAGGUGCGUCUUAUACGCUGAAAAAUAUGGUAUAUACUGCUUCACAGUGCUUUACAGUCCUCUCUAAGUGGUUUACAGAGUCAGCAUAUUUUCCCCCAGCAAUCUGGGUCCUCAUUUUACCCACCUUGGAAGGAUAAAUGGUCAUAAGUCACUUUUUUUAGUGCCAUUGUAACUUCGAACCGUCACGAAACUGUUGUAAGUCGAGGACUACCUGCAAGAUGGCCAGCAGCCAGAUCAGUAUGGAUAGCUUGGUGAGAAUUUAGUUACGUGUUGUAAAAGAAGGGCUAGUGCCUAGGAAGGCCCGUGCUUCAUGAUAUCUUGGGUUUCUGCUCAACAGGAUAGAAUAGAAUAACAGAGUUGGAAGGGCCCCUCAGAGGUCUUCUAGUCCAACCCCCUGCUUAGGCAGGAAACCCUACACCACUUCAGACAAAUGGUUAUCCAAUCUCUUCUUAAAAACUUCCAGUGUUGGAUCAAUGAAUGUAAGUCAAGACUGCUGAAUUAUAGCAAAGGUGCUGGACACACAUCUCGUGGGGAAAAUCCUUAUUUUUCAUAGCCCGCCGUAUAGGACACCAUGAAAUUCCUCAUUCCUUUUAUUUAUACCUUCUUGAUGCUAUGAAGGACUCUUUUUAGCUGCUUGAACUCAUGAAGAUUCAGCCUUGUGGUCUUUUAAAAUCUGGGUGGGGCACUCAAGAGCCGUCCCUGCCUUACCUACAAAGUUUGACUCAUUAUUGACACGAGGAACUUAAAAACGAGGAGCAGUUAUUUUCCUCUUUUAGAAGUUUGUUAGCAGCGUGGAAUGGUUUCUUCCUGUUAUUUUAUUAUUUUAUAUAUCUAUUUAUGGUAAUAAAAUAUUUUUGUAACAU